AUGCCUAAUCCGAUCAAACAUGACAUUCUCACAGUCGAUAAAGUUUCGUUCCCUUACAUCUUAGAGCAGAAUGUGACGGUGACACCGAAGACCGUCAGAAAAGGAGGUCUUAUUCGAUGCAAUGUCUUCCGGCCCAAGACUACUGAUAGAGUUCCUGUCAUUAUGACCUACGGGCCGUACGGGAAGGACACGCACACCUCAGAGUUCCUGCCUCACUCUUACGAAGACAUAAACCCAAAGCAGAAAUCUGAACAUGCCUGCUUCGAGGUUCCAGACCCUAAGUACUGGACCUCGCAAGGCUUCGCAGUUGUACGUGCCGACGAGAUUGGCAGUGGGCAAUCGCCAGGGUUCUUGGACCCCAUGUCAGCCCAAACCUCGGACGCUUUUGCAGAGCUUAUAGAAUGGGCUGCCGACCAGCCAUGGUCUACCGGGAGGGUUGGGCUUCUUGGUAUAAGCUACUACGCCGGUAGCCAAUGGAGAGUCGCUGCGCGUCGCCCUCGUGGUCUUGCCUGCAUUAUUCCGUACGAGGGUAUGGCCGACUAUUACCGCGACCGUUGCCGCCAUGGUGGAAUCUUGCUGGAACCCUUCCUCCAGUUCUGGAUGGGGAAACAUGCUAGACUUAACCAGUACGGUUUCCCCGGGCGCUCCAAGAUCCAGCGAGGUCCCGACACUAUCGAAGGCGACCUCAGCGUAGAGGAAUUAGAGGAGAACCGAGCCGACCAGGACAUCGACAACUUGCAUGCAUUCUUCCGAGAUGACGAAUACUAUGCCUCUAGGGACUACAAUCUCGAAGAUAUUGAGGUUCCCGUGUUGUCGUUCGGAAACUGGAGCAACAUCGUAGUCCAUCUCCGCGGCAACAUCGAGGGUUACAUGCUCGCAGGGUCGCGCUACAAAUUCCUCCGGAUAGGGAGUGGCCGUCACGAUCUGCCUUUCUACUCUGACACAGAGAUCGAGGCGCAGAGAAGUUUUCUUUUUGCUUUCCUCAAGGACGAUGAUUAUGCUGGCUGGACAGAGGGGCGGCAACCUAAGGUCACCUACCAGGCUCGAAAGGGCCCAUUCGAUCACAAGAGCCUUAAGUCUGCCACAGGACAGAUGUAUCCAUGGCGAUCUGCGCCAGAGUGGCCGCUGCCUAGUACCAAGUAUACCAAUUACUACCUGAGCCCCGACCUGACCUGGUCUCCUCAAGUGCCUGCCGUGGAGGUUCACGAGAGGCUCUCGUACCCAGCGAUGUCGACUACCAAAGAUCCAAUUUUCCACCGCUUCACCACUGCUCCGUUUGAGAAGGAGACCGAGAUCACCGGCCAUAUCGUUGCCCACGUCAACGUUUCAGUGACCCGCACACCUGGAGGCACUGUCCCAAAAGACAUCGACGUCUUCGUGGUUGUACGCCAGUGGGACGCCGAAGGCAACGAAAGAGUGUUUACUGGCACGAUCGGAGACGCGGCAGCUCUGACCAGGGGGUGCCAGAGAGUGAGCUUGCGCAAAGUCAACAAGGAGCACCCACACCACCGUGAAUAUCGGCCCCAUCGAGAUUACUUCUCCACGGAUGUCCUGCCAGUCAUACCUGGGGAGGUUUAUCCUGUGGACAUUGAAAUCUGGCCAACCAACGUCGUGCUGCUGCCUGGUGAACGCAUCUCUGUCGAGAUUAGCGGGGGAGAUACAGGGGGACUCGGACCUUUUACUCAUGAAGGCGGAGAGAGGACGCAUGAGCGGUUUGGAGGGAUGAACCACCUCCACUUUGGACCAAACUACUUGAACUAUAUUACUCUUCCCAUCAUCUAUAGUUAG